AUGAGCGCUCACCUCGACUUUAAAGAGGCCCAUAUUCUAAAGUGGCCUAUUUCCACCAUGGACACCUCCACAAUCGUCUUCAUUCUCGUGCUUCUCGUGGCGUUUCUCUUUUUGCGCUGGUUGAUCUCGCCCAUUCCGCAGUCGGUGCCCGACGAGUUCAAUGUCCACACGUCAGUGGGCCAGCCCGAAAACCACACCAACAACCAUGUUCCGGCGGCAAGACAGAGACGCCGCCGCGAAGUCACGGACUCCAUGGUCGAGGUGGUGCGUGCCAUUGCGCCGCAGCUCACGGAGCAGCAGAUCCGCUUCAGUUUGGAGCGCACGGGCUCUGUCGAGGCCACCGUGGACGAAUACAUGGAAAACCUGUCUUUGCCGUUCCCGCCAGGGCACGAUGCCGAGGACAACGCCCACAAUGUGGCGCCGGAGGGCGGGGCCAAGACGUUGCUUGAGAAAUAUAACAUCGAGGUCCUCGCGGACGCGGACGAGACCGACGCCAAGUGGGGCCAGGACGAAAGCGAACGGCUGGCGUUGUUGCAGAGACGAAGAGAGGAGAUGAUCUUGCGGGCGAGACGGCGCUUGGAGAAGUCGUUGGCGAACGACGUGAUUGGCGACUAG